AGAAGAACCAAUCAAAUGGACGUGGAAGAACAGAAACAGCAUUUGGAGUCAACCCUGUUAGCAGUUUCCCAGGAGAAGAAGGCAUCCACAUCAGGGAAUGGAUUCAAGAAAGACGAGAUUUUCUUGGAAAUGAAGCGGCAACUGUCGUUGGCCGGGCCAUUGGUAUCGGUGAACCUCAUGAUAUAUUGUUUGCAGGUGAUCUCGGUGAUGUUUGUGGGUCAUCUUGGAGAGCUGGCACUUUCCGGUGCUUCCAUGGCCACGUCCUUCGCUUCUGUGACUGGCUUUAGCUUGUUGAUAGGAAUGGCAAGUGCAUUGGACACAUUUUGCGGUCAGUCUUAUGGAGCUAAGCAAUACCACAUGCUUGGUAUCUACAAGCAGAGGGCCAUGAUCGUUCUCCUAUUAGCUAGCAUUCCACUCGCUAUCAUUUGGGCCAACACGGGCCAAAUCCUUCUCUUCUUCAAGCAAGAUCCUCAGAUAUCGGAGGAGGCAGGAUCCUACGCUCGGUUCAUGAUCCCUAGCAUUUUCGCAUAUGCACUCCUGCAGUGCCACAUCAGGUUUCUGCAGACACAGAACAAUGUCGUUCCAAUGAUGGUCAGUUCAGGAAUCACCACAUUGCUGCAUAUUUUUAUAUGUUGGUUUCUGGUGUUCAAGUCUGGACUUGGAAACAAAGGCGCUGCUUUGGCAAAUGCUAUCUCGUACUGGAUAAAUGUGCUGUUACUGGCAAUAUAUGUCAGAAUUUCACCGUCUUGUAAAAGAACUUGGACCGGUUUCUCCAAGGAGGCCUUUCAUGGGAUUCCCGGAUUUCUGAAAUUAGCAAUUCCUUCUGCUGUCAUGAUCUGCUUCGAGAUUUGGUCAUUUGAAAUGAUGGUCUUAUUAUCAGGACUUCUUCCCAAUCCAAAACUUGAAACGUCGGUCCUCUCAAUCAGCCUGAACACCUGCUCCUUGAUUUACAUGAUACCUCUAGGACUCAGUGGUUCAAUAAGCACGAGAGUUUCAAAUGAAUUGGGCGCUGGAAGACCACAAGCAGCUCGUUUGGCAAUUUAUGUUUCCUUAAUGAUGGUCGCCACGGAAGGUUUGCUUGCAGGUACUCUCAUGAUCUUUGGUCGAAGGGUGUGGGGCUACCUCUAUAGCACAGAAGAAGAAAUCGUGAACUAUGUGGGAGAUAUGUUGGUACUAAUCGCAACUUCCCAUAUUAUCGAUGGCAUUCAGUCCGUGCUUUCAGGCACUGCAAGAGGAUGUGGAUGGCAAAAGAUUGGAGCUUUCAUCAAUUUGGGUGCCUACUAUUUGUUGGGUAUUCCGAUGGCCAUAUUCCUAGCUUUUGUCUGUCACAUUGGCGGAAAGGGCCUCUGGAUCGGGAUUAUAGUUGCACUCUUUGCGCAAGCAUUGUUACUUGCGGUCCUAACAGGAUGUACCAACUGGGAGAAAGAGGCAAAGAAAGCCACUGACAGAGUACAUAGCGCUGUGAGUCCUGCCACUGGAUUGUUAUCAUAAAGCUACAGUGAAGAAAUAUCGCCGUUGGAAUCGGAUGGUAGACUACAGAAACUCCAGUUCCUGGCGUUGAAACCUAGUGCAAAUUGAUGAAAUAAGACGUACUUAUCCCUCUGGAUCUCAUGCUGCCACACAUGAGGAAGAGCCACAUGUGGAACUCCUGCCAAAAGUUUGAAACAAAUGGGAAAUCGGUAUCCAGCAAGGUUGAUCUGAGAAAUCUCUUUAUGAGGAUCUAGGAAGAGUUUGGUGCACUGUCCACCGCUUGUGUCAUCCUUGUUCAAUUAGUAGGACAUGAAUAAGUCCCCUGCAACAGCUAAUAGAGACCAUCUUGUUGACACAUAUUUUUAAUUACCAAAUUAAAUUAAUUAUGUAAAAAUUAGGAAUUAAA